ACAUUCUUUAUCCUGUUGCUAAUUGCUAGCAUUUAUUCUGCAGACUCAAAAUGCCAAACUGGGGAGGUGGAAACAAAUGUGGAACCUGCGGCAGAAUUGUAUACCAUGCAGAAGAAGUCCAGUGUGAUGGGAGAAGCUUCCACAGAUGCUGCUUUCUUUGUAUGAUAUGCCGGAAAAACCUGGAUAGCACGACUGUGGCCAUGCAUGAUGAAGAAAUAUACUGCAAGUCUUGCUAUGGGAAAAAAUAUGGCCCCAAAGGAUAUGGGUAUGGGCAAGGAGCAGGCACUCUCAACAUGGACAGAGGGGAAAGGCUUGGCAUAAAACAUGACAAUGCGCCUUCUCAUCGACCUGCAACAAGUCCAAAUACUUCAAAAUUUGCUCAGAAAUUUGGAGGGUCAGAAAAAUGUUCCAGGUGCGGUGACUCCGUAUAUGCAGCUGAGAAAGUAAUAGGAGCUGGAAAGCCUUGGCACAAAAAUUGUUUUCGCUGUGCCAAGUGUGGUAAAAGUCUUGAAUCAACAACUCUUACAGAGAAGGAGGGGGAAAUUUAUUGCAAAGGUUGUUAUGCAAAGAACUUUGGCCCCAAAGGAUUUGGCUAUGGCCAGGGAGCUGGUGCUCUUGUUCAUGCUCAGUGACACAUUAGCUUCUUGGCACAGAGAGGGUUCUCUUUUUCCAAGGCACAACUUAAAAUGCUACCAUUUACUGUGAAACGGCUAUUGGCUUAUGCUACUGCUUUUUCCGUAGGUAACGCAUGUUUUCAAGUCUUGAAGCAGAUUUUUAUAUAACCUGUCAAUCAAUUUCAAUAAAGCUUUGUAUUUAGACACUCAUUUGAGUUGAAAGG